AUGAAUAAUAACAAUAGUAAUAAUAAUAGUAAUAAUAAAAAUUUAAAAGCAAAAAGACGUGUUAGAUUUGCAGAUGAAGAUCCAGAUGAUUAUGAUAAUAAUGAUGAAGAUAAAAUUAUAUCUGAAUUUGAAAUACUAUUUUGGCAAAUAAUAAGAAAUCAAUUUCUAUUCGGCAAAGUACUUUCAUUCUCUAAAUUUAAUAAAUCGUAUGGCUACGACAAUUUAGUAUGCACAGAGGAUUUAAAAUAUUAUAGUAAUAAAGUAGAAAUUAUCAAAGACAAAUUAAAAAGUAACAGUUAUUUUCAAAUUAGACCAAAUGAAUUAAAUUUCGACCUAUAUCAAUUGAUUACAAAAAACACAAGAGAAAACAGAGAGUUUUAUUUGACUUUAUUCACAAAAUAUGUCAAAUUUUAUUAUUUGCAAGUUGAAGAGUCACUGGAUAAUAUAAUCAGGGAUGGAAAUAUUAUAGCCUUCAAAAUCUUUUUAAAAAAAUUUAAUAUCUCAAAAGAAGAUAUUCAAAAUAAAUACAAAUUAGAAAUAAAGAAAAAAGAUUACAUUAUUUCCAGCUAUAGAUGCUUUAAAAUGUACAAUUUUUUAAAAUCAAAUAAUUACUAUUCAAAAAUCAGUUUCAAAAUUGACACAUCAACAACCUUUUUCAGCAAAGAUUUUAAAUUAAAACAUUUGAUCAAACUAUGCAACUCCAUAGCAACUUUAUUUUUAAAUAAAAAGGAGUUUAAAGAAAUUGAGGUAAAGCUACAAGAGGUAUCAGCUUUUAAAUUUACAAAGGAUCAAUUGUCCCAAUCCUUGGAUCACCUGUUAUUUAACGAGCCAAAUAGUUAUCCAUCAGAAGGUGAAGGCAUGCCACUCAAAACAAUUGUUUACAAGUAUUAUAAAAUUCUAAAGCUAGUUUCAAAAAAACCAAAGGAAAAACUAUUGAACCACUAUAUCUACUUUAAGAGCAAAAAGAGAAUUGAUCAAGUAUUUAAAGAAAGAAAGCUUAAAAUAAGAAAUUACAUAGACUACAUAUUUUGCAAUGUUUAUAAUAAGAGCGAAAGAAUUGAAUAUGUCAAACAGGUUUACCAAGAGGACAACAAUGUCAAUUCAUUUGGUUUUAUUUUUCAAACAAACGAUUUAGAAAUCAUUCAAGACACCUUCAAAAAGUAUCCAGUCAAAAACUUAUUGGCCAGCGGUUCACCGCACAUGCAGAAUUUCUUUAAGUCACUUAAAUCCAAAGAGAUUUUGGACUUUUAUUUCAAGAGCAAUUACCAAGAUGAAUUCUUUGAAGAAAUAGAAAAUCAAAACUGGUUAUUUUUCACCGAUACAGCAAUUUUGCAGUAUUAUGAAGAGUUGGUAAAGUCAUUGGGAAGAAAAUUAUAUGUAGAUAAUUAUGAUGAAUCGAUGUAUGUCGGCUCCACUGGAUAUGAACUCAAAAAUCUAUUAAGAGCAGUUAACAAUCCAUCAAUUUAUGAAUUUUCAGAUACUUUCAAAUUAUCAAGCUAUUCCAUAUUAAUAAACUAUAGGUAUAAUGACUAUCAAGAUAUAGUUUUCAACUUGAUCAACAGCGGUAAAUUUAAAAAAAUUAAUUUCGGAAAGCUUUUUAGAAUCUCAACUCUAUUGAAUGGUCAUAUUAAAAACUAUAAAGAAAUAUUAUACAAGGUAUUGCCAAAUUCAAAUUUAAAUUUAACAGAAAUUAAAAAGCUACAGCAAGAGCACGGCUAUAGCCAUAAGAUUGUGUUAAAGUUCAACGCAGCCAAUGGUCAAGAAAUUGAUAUUAAAUUAACCAUUCAAGGUUUAUUAAAUAGUUUAGCAAGUUGUGGCCGUUAUGAAGACUAUUUCAAUUUUAUUGGCCCUUCAUUCCCACUUCAAUCGACCACUCAAAUCUGGUUCUUUGAAAGAUCAUUCAACACCAAGUGUAUUAAAUACUGCAUCGAUAACCAAAUUAAAGAGAACAGAGAGUUAUUAUUUACACUUUUGGAGGAUUGCAUCAGUUUAGAACCAUUUCAAUAUUUAUGUUCAAAUAAAGAUUUAUUGAAAUCUAUAGAAUCAAAUCAAUUUUUAUCAGAUUCAAAUAAAUUAUUUAGAAAAUUAUUUGAAAAAUUAAUUUCGAGAGAUAAUAUUCAAUUGGUAGAAUUAUUAUUUACUCAUGUAAAAAUAGCAAAAAAAGAAUUCCAAAAACUAAUCGAAAAUAAACCACAUUUUCAACAUGUAUUAAAUAAAUUUAAUUAA